AUGGAGCCGGCUCCUCACCUCCUCCUCCUCAGCUUGCUGUGGGGCUGCAGUGGGCAACCUGCUGACAAGCUGGUGGUGAUGCCGCAGCAGCCGGUGGUGCGGUAUGGGGGCUCGGUGCAGCUGAACUGCUCCCUGGCCUGCGCGGAGGGCACGGUGCAGUGGAAGGGGCUGGACACCAACCUGGGGAGCGUCACCACCUUCCCCACCCACAGCAUCCUGCACGUCAGCAGCGCCGUGGUCGCCACGGGAGGCACCAGGAUCUGCCAGGGGACCUGCCACAGGCAGCGCUACCAGCACGCUGUUGACCUGAAGGUCUAUGCCCUCCCGGACACACUGCAGCUGGAGGCAGAGCCCCAUGCCCUGGAGCCGGGGCAGCCCACCAGCCUGCGCUGCUCGGCCCGGCGGGUUUACCCACCCACGGGGCUGGGGCUCACCUGGUACCGGGGGGACCAGGUGCUGGAGGAGACAGACUUCGAUGUCACGGAGACUGAUGAGGAGCUGUUCGACAUCGUGUCCACGCUGCCGGUGGCUGGGAAGGACGUGGGAGAAGGGGUGGAGUUCAGGUGCAAGGUGAUGCUGAGCAUUGGGCAGGAGACCUUCACCCGGGUGGCAUCCGUGGUGGCGAGCGCUGGGGCCCUGCCGCCCGCAACGCAGCGGCCUGAAGCUGAGACCAUGCUGGAGCUGGCUGCUGCCACCAAACCCCCCUCCACAGAGCGCCCUGCUCCUCGGGACCUCGUCACAGGCAGUCCCACAGCACGUCUGGCCACCACCACGCUCCCUGGCUCCACGGAGAAGGGGACAGGGCCGUCCGUGGGGACAGCGCCUGCCUGCAGCCUGCAGAUUUGGUCACUGCCCCCCCACGGGACACGCAGCUCCACGCUGCGGCUGGACCAUGCUGAGCCCCAGCACCAGGGCCACUACCAGUGCGCCCUGCUCGGCCACAGCUCCCAGGUGGUCAGUCUGCAGCUGAUGGUCUCGGAUGAUACGGUCAGCACGGGCCCUGCCGUUGCUGUGGGGACAACGUUCUCGCUGUUGGGACUGAUCGUGAGUGGCGUCAUGUCUCAUCGCCUGUGGAAACGAUUCAGAUCUCAGUACGAGCUGCCCUAA